UAUGCAUGGAUACUGCUUCUCGUCAUCCUUGUGAUCUCGCCUUUCCGACCGGCCGAGAUGGCUUCCCAUUUUCAUGCUUUAGUGCUUUCUGACAACCGUAUCUAUGCUGUUAGAAACUUGCGAUGCAAGUUAUCGCUAUGCACGCGCAUUCUCGCGCCUGACAAUGAAGCGCAGUUACAUGCCUCGUUCAUACGCUGCACUCGCUCUCGCGCCCUGGGACCAAGAUCACGUAUAGAGAACGCUAUGAUCAUUCCGUGACGUCAAUGCGUUGGGCCGAAAUCGCGCUGUCCGCGACGACGCAUAGGAUGCGUCACACUUUCCAGAGGACCCGUAGAUAGCUGAUCCACCCCGCCCAGACAGCCUUCCUGCCCGGGCGCCGCAUCGCCGACAACGUCCUACUGCUGCAGCUUCUGCCGGAGCUCAUGCGGGUGGCCGAAGGCGGUGGCCCUGGCGGCGGUGGCGGUGGCGGGGGCGGGGGCGCUGCGGGCAGCACCGCUGACGCUGACCGCGGCGUUGUGGCCUUCCUGGACUUCUACAAAGCCUACGACACCCUGGACCGCAACUUCCUGUACCGGUGCUUGGCAGUCAUGGGCGUUGGCAGUGGCUUCCUGGCCUGGGUCAAGCUGCUGCUUACGGGCACGCGCUCUGCCGCCCUGGCUAACGGCUACCUGUCGGCCUUCGUCCUCAUCAUUGCGGGCGUACGGCAGGGGUGCCCGCUGGCGCCUCCUCUGUACUUGGCGCCGGCCCAGGCCCUCUUCGCCUACCUCGACCGCGCGGGCUUUGAUGUCUCCUGGGCGGAUAUCCGCCUCGUCGCUACUGCCUAUGCGGACGACGCUGCGCCGUUCUUGCGUCGGAUGGCCAACGUGCCUGGUUUCCUGGCAGCUAUGGAGACCUUCCGCGCCGCCUCUGGGCAGCGCCUUAACCUCGACAAGGUGGAGCUUCUGCCCAUCGGUGCACGGCGCCGCGCCACUCCUGCUCCCGCCCGCGCUGUCGCUGCUGGCUUGGCGGCUGGCGGCGCAGCGGCUGGCAACAUGGCAGCUCACAGCGUGGCGGCGACCAGUGUGGCAGCUGCCGGCGGCAUGGCUGCCGGCGGCGCGGCGGCUGGUGGCGCGGUGGCUGGCGGCGGCCCCGGCGCCAGCCACUCUGGUGGGGGCAGCUUGGCGGCCGGUGGUGCGGUGCCUUCUCGGGCGGGCGCGGUUUGGGCAGCUGCCGGUGUUGUGGUCACUGGUGGCGUGACGGCCGGCGCCUCCGCCGCGGGUGCUGGCGGUGCCGUAGCCGCGCCUGCCCCGCCCAACACAGUUGCUAUGGCGCAUGGCUUGCGCGUAGUCUCGCACUCGCGCACGCUGGGUGUGGUCUUCUACGACCUCCCACUUGGCACGGCUGCAGCCCAGGGGGCUCCUUCCCUCUCCCCUGCCAUUGGCACCGUGGGGACGCUCUGCGGCCUCCCCCUAACUGCCUUUGGCCGUGGCUUCUGUGCCUCCUCCUACGCCGUCAGCCGUGUGCUCUACCAUAUGGAGUUUGCGGGUCUACCGCCGCAGACGGUUUUGGCAGACUUCCUCAAAACGCUUGUGCGGUUUGUGGACCGCCGCAUCAUCGUUGCCACGCCGCAAGGUGCUGGCCGGGCCCGACUUCCCGGCCUCCCCUCCGACUGCGUCGCCCUGCCGCCACGCGAUGGCGGCUUUGGAUUGCUGCCGGUGGUGGAACACGUGCGCGCCCGACACGCUGUGUUGGCUGUGCGCUGGCUGCAGCACAUGCACGGCUCUGUGGCUGACACCUACGUGCCGCCGUGGACAGCCGCCGCCACCGCCCUGGUGCAGCAGCUACACACGGCCGCCCACCCCCUCUGCGUCCUGACGAUGCAGCGGGCGGCCGGCGGUGUCGGACCCGCUGCCGAUGGCUGUGCAAUCUUCGGCCAGCCGGUGGCGGCAACCUGCCCGGCCCUCGUGCGCCUCCUGGGUGCCCUCAGCUACCUGCCUCCGGUCACAAUCCUACGCCCGGCUGUGCUGGUGCCAGGGCCCUGGUGCUUUGCACUUCCGCUCUGGGGCAAUCCAGUCUUGCCGUGUGCGGCGGGGCUUCAGGCGGGGGGCUUGGAGCGUGACUUCCCAGCUCUCAUGGCGCUGCCGGGUCUGCUCACGCUCGGCACGGCAGUGCGGUGCUGGGAGGCGCUGGCCGCGGUGCGCCAGCUGGUGGCUUCCAAGCCGGCUGGUAUGGCUGCUGCUUGCGCAGAGCCUGGGGUGGCGGCAUGGCGCGGCUGACGUGCCCUUGCUGACCCUUACGGUGAAGCAGGCAACCCAGCUUCAACUUGCGCCUGCGUACGACGCGCUCCGCGUGCGUCACUUGGCCUUCAUCCAAGAGGCCUACAGCGGCGCCGCGGCGCCAGCGGAAGCGAUUCAUGCACUGCGGGCGGCCCUGGCGCGGCUGUGGGCUUUGGUGUGGGAGCCGCGACACAAGGAACCGCUCUGGCGUCUGGCAGUCAAUGGGUUCACGGGCUUUGGGAUGCUUGCGGCGUGGGCCGCAGAUGGACGCGUGGAGAAAUGCCCGUGUGGGACUCAGAUGACUGCUGGCGCUAGGGUUCAUCACUUCUGGGACUGUGUGGUGGCGGAGGCUCUGCGUGAUGUGAUGCGGGAGCAUGCGAAUGUGGACAUCACACGGAACCAGUUGUGGUUAGUACAGGCGCCACCAGGGCUAUCGCAGGCGGUGUGGGACAUCGUGUGCUUGGCUGCUGUGGCGGCCCUGGAAUACGGCCGACAGCGCCUUUACGCUUGCCGUGAUGCUGCAGACCGGACUGCGGAGGUUGCUGUUGUACGAAGGAUAGGUGUGGAGGUGAUUGCGGACUUCUGGUCACGGCUAGCUGCGUUUGUGAGUCUGCGUCGGCCUCCGCGCCGCUGGGACCUUGUCCCGAACCAGCACCCAUUCCUAGCGUCAGAUGAUGUUGGAGGGGUUAUCUUGGUAGGGCCAACAGCGGACUCGCCACCGGCCUCACCCUAGCUUGUCAGCUUAGGGACUCGCAAGAGGUAGUCUUAUGACGCCGACCCACGGCUUAGGUGAGCAGCGCUAGCGUUUGCGGUGAGCCGGGCCUGGGGUUCCUCCCCUCUCCGGAGGCGAGGAGCAUGGGGGUCAUUCGGGGAUCUCUCCUCGGGUGAGCGUGCGUGUCUCGUACGUUUUUGGGGCCCUGGCUUAGUCCACGGCUGUCGUCCCACAUGUAACCUCUAUCAGCU